GCGCCUGCGCUCUGAGGGCUUUCAGGACUUAUUUCACGCUGCGAGCGGCGGUGACGUGAUGAGUAGUCAAGGAACGGAAGCCGGGAGGGAACUAGGGCGGAACGGAACCAGGGGCCAGGAUUGUGUUCGGAUCCUUGGGGGUUCCGAUGUGGUCCCCUGAACGGGAGGCCGAGGCCUCGGCCGGGGGAGACCCGGCGGGCCUCCUGCCCCCCGAAUGGGAGGAGGAUGAGGAGCGUAUGUCCUUCUUGUUCUCUGCUUUCAAGAGGAGUCGCGAGGUGAACAGCACCGACUGGGACAGCAAGAUGGGCUUCUGGGCGCCGUUGGUGCUGAGCUACAGCCGCCGCCAGGGGGUGGUGCGCCUGCGUCUGCGGGACUUGCAGGAGGCCUUUCAGCGCAAGGGCAGCGUCCCGCUGGGGCUGGCCACGGUGCUGCAGGACCUGCUGCGUCGAGGGGAGCUGCAGCGAGAGUCAGACUUCAUGGCCAGUGUGGACAGCAGCUGGAUCUCCUGGGGGGUUGGCGUCUUCCUGCUGAAGCCCCUCAAGUGGACUCUGUCUAACAUGCUGGGGGAUAAUAAGGUUCCCGCCGAGGAGGUGCUUGUAGCUGUGGAGCUGCUGAAGGAAAAGGCCGAGGAGAUAUAUCGCCUGUACCAGCACUCACCCCUGUCCUCCCACCCCGUGGUGGCCCUGUCCGAGCUGAGCACCUUGUGCGCCAGCUCCUGCCCGGACGAGAGGACCUUCUACUUGGUGUUGCUGCAGCUGCAGAAGGAGAAGCGAGUCACGGUCCUCGAGCAGAAUGGGGAGAAGAUCGUGAAGUUUGCCCGGGGGCCGCACGCGAAGGUGUCUCCGGUCAACGACGUGGAUGUCGGGGUGUACCAGCUGAUGCAGAGUGAGCAGCUCCUCUCACGCAAAGUGGAGUCCUUAUCCCAGGAAGCCGAGAGGUGUAAAGAGGAAGCGCGCCGGGCCUGCCGAGCAGGAAAGAAGCAGCUGGCACUAAGGUCUCUGAAGGCCAAGCAGCGGACAGAGAAGCGCAUUGAGGCCCUGCACGCCAAGCUGGACACUGUUCAAGGCAUCCUGGACCGCAUCUAUGCCUCCCAGACCGACCAGAUGGUUUUCAAUGCCUACCAAGCUGGGGUAGGAGCUCUGAAGCUGUCCAUGAAGGACGUCACAGUGGAGAAGGCAGAGAGCCUUGUGGAUCAGAUCCAGGAGCUGUGUGACACCCAGGAUGAAGUUUCUCAGACUCUGACUGGUGGGGUAACCAACGGUUUAGAUUUUGACAGUGAGGAACUGGAGAAGGAGUUGGACAUCCUCCUUCAGGACACCACCAAAGAAUCUUUGGAACUGCCCGAUAGACCCCCAUGUUAUACCAACAGUGUGCCUAACCCUAGGAUCUCCGAUGCUGAACUUGAAGCUGAACUUGAGAAACUGUCUUUAUCAGAGCCAGAUUUGGUCCCGAGCAGUAAAUCUCCAAAAAGGCUAUUGGAACCAACUCUCUAAAGCCAUUGUAGGAUGCUCAAGUGAAGGACCCUCACGUAAAAGAGAGACCAGCCUCAUGUGUGUACAUAGUUAUUUAAACAAGAAAUGCUCAGAAUUGGUUGGAAGAGGAGGAAGGAGAAUCAUUCUGGUAUAUCUGGAUGCUGCCACUCACAGCAGGACAGAUAGACUCUCUGGAAGCAGUGCUCCCCAAGCGUGCUCCCAGCCGGUAUCAUGGACCUCCUUUCUCUCCUGAUAGUGCCACAAUUUAUACAGUCCUGUGUGUGACCUGUUGUCAUAGCCUGCAGUUCUUGCCAAUGGCUCAGUUAGGUUUGUCUUCACCCACCAGCUUUGUUCCAGCCAGUGAAGGUGAAAAAUUUGCAGCUUUGCCAAAUCACAGGCAGUCCUCUCCCCCAGCCCCACCACUUUUUAGAGCGAUUUAUUCUGUCUGUAAUGUCCAUUAAACAACUUCCCAUCCAACUCCAUUUUCAUUGCUAAUGAGAAGAGUAAGAAUCAUAUCCUUAAAAGUUAAAUUCGAAGAGACUUAACAGCUGCUGCCUCGUGGAGAAACUGUGCAAGAUUUUUCCCCAUGAAUGAAAAAUUCUCCAGAUGUUCAGAACAGAGGUCAUCCCUGAGUGGCUCAGGGUCGUGACAGCUGAGAGGGGGACUUGUGUGGUCGGUGGGUGCUGCUCCUCCGUCUUAAUGCAGAAGAUCUACUGAUGCUGGAAAGAGUCCUUGGGUUUUUGAACUUGAGUUUCGAAAGGCCCAGGUGACUGCAGGGCCCCAAGGCAUCCAAAGCCCGUGUGCUUUUUGAAAGAGGCAAAGCUUUUUUCUUGCCCUCUCAUGGAAUUAUAUACAUAAAUGUUUAUUCCAGAACAAGCCACACAAUACGACUCCUCCCUCCCCUUUGAGAGCCUGACCCACACCGACAGGGGCCCUGCUUGAACCAGAAAAUCAUUUCCUGUGUCGCCCACUGCUCAGGGUGGGGGACCUGAGCCGAGAUGUGCAAUAGGAGCAGGUGGCUGGGGCUUUCUGCCAGAUGUGCCACAGGCUUCCUGGGUCCUGCUUUAACCCCUCCCUGCCUCCUGCAGUCCCAUCUUCCCACUUCCUUUGAGGGACCGUAGGAGGGUGUGCGGGCAGGCAGGAAAGGGUGUGAGUGCUCCGCCAAGAAGCAGCGGUGACAACCAUGCCGCCCGUCUGCUGCCCAGCUCCAAGGAUUCUGCCUGAAGUCGGCCCUGCGCCUCCUGCUUUGCAGAGCAGGGGCGCACUUGGCUCUGGGCUGCAAGUACAACUCUGCUCAACAAACGUCUUUCCCACUGAACUUUGGUAAAUGGAAACGGGGGUGAAGAGAAACAAUCACUAUUUUUUCUUUUUUAUCUGGUAAAUAAUUAAAAGAGAAAAGCCUUG